AUGUCGGUGAUAGUUUACACCCUGGACUCUUCCACCGAUGGAGAUGAAGAAUUUGUCGCUCAGAUAAUUGAGACAGUGACUGGGAGCGCGUAUUACCCCAUGGUGGAAAGUGAGAUUUACCUCCAGCCAACACCCUUGGCAACAGCCGUCAAGAUCGAAGCAGACCUUCCCGCCGGAGAUUGGUUCAGCAUUCUCGAGACUUACAUCUACGUGACGCUCGAGGACGAUGAAGUGUCAAGCUCAGGCAGCUCGAUCUCGGGUUCACUCAUCUCGGUACUCGUGUUUGCGUUAAUCUUCUGCUGCUGCGGGUGCUUCCUGUACGCCAAAUUUUGCGACGGUUGGCAUGGUGCUUCGGCGAGUGCGUCCGCCAGUUCGAGCGCGAGCGCUACUGCGAUAAGCAACGUUAAUGUUGCGAUGCCUCAGAUGUCAUAUGGCCAACAGAUGUCAUACGGCCAACAGAUGUCAAACGGCCAAUAG